UCCAAAUUAGUCUUUCGAAUCAGAAGCUCAAUUCAGUCGGACUCUGGCCUCCACGUCGGAGUUUUCCGGCGUCGGCAAACGGCGCAUCUACGCCGUACUCCUCCGAAUCCGGAGUUCGAGCCAAAAGAGCUUCAGAGUUAGUUGGGAUGGAUCGCGGCGCAGAGAAAUCAGGUUUCCCGCCAAAACGGCUUGAUAGGCAGCUGGACCUCGAUGUUUUGCCUUUAAAUGUUGCCUUGCCGUUGCCGGAGCGAACAAAGUUGGAGUUCAAAUCAAAACCUAAUCGGAAUCUUCAGCUGUCUCUUCCUCCUCGUCCGCCGCUUCCUCGAGUUAAGUUGGAUUUCCAAAGUGAACGAUCACGUAUUACCACUGAAGUCAAAGAUGGUGCGACCAAGGAACAGAAACGUUGCAAAUGCAAACAAUCAAGACGUAUUAAGUUGUACUGUGAAUGCUUUUCUUCUGGAACAUACUGUGACAGGUGCAGCUGCUUUAGUUGUCAAAAUAAUGUUGAGAAUGAGGCUGAUAGGGAGGCAGCUAUUGGAUAUACCUUAGAGCGCAAUCCUAAUGCAUUCAGGCGGAAGAUUGCUAACAGUCCUCAAACAACUCAUGAAUAUGAGGAAGAGGCAAAAACUAUUGUUCCAGCUUUUAAACACAAGGGAUGUCAGUGCAAGAAAUCAGAAUGCCUCAAGAUGUAUUGUGAGUGCUUACAGUCUAAAAUCCUUUGCUCUGAGAGUUGUAAAUGUGUGAACUGCAAGAAUUCACGGGAAGGAGAAGAGAGAUCAGCCUUCUCAAAGGGGAGAAAUACAGAAUGCAUGGCCUUCAUCAAGCAAACAAAUGCUGCCAUAGCUGGUGCAAUUGGGAUUUCCGGCUAUAGGUCUCGAAAAUCCAGGAAGAGGAAAGAUCGGGAUAACUUUCCUGGUUCAAAUAGGGAGGACCAACAAAUUCUAAGGCUUCUAAAAGAUCUGCAGAAUGAUGGUUCUGCAGCAUUGGCUUCUUCAAAGAUAACUUGCAGGUCCUUGUUAGCCGGUAACAUCCAACAGCUAGAUACGUGGGAGCUUUGUUCUAUUUUGGUGGAGGUAUCACAAGCUGCUACAAUCCUAGCAGAGCAAAAUAGUUCUGUCAAUACACAAACUGUGAGAGAAAACCAGACAGCAAGCUCUACUGCUAAUUUAGAUGGCGAGAAUCGCCACAAAGGACCCACGGUUCACAAAGCUACGCCAAAUGGCUAUUUGGGCAUCGAUCAGGAAAACAAAAAUACCACAGAUGAAACCCACCCUGGUGAUGCCAAUGCCCAGGAAGGGAUGCCAAUGUCUCCUGGAACACUAGCAUUGCUGUGUGAUGAUGAGUGCAUGUUCGCGGAAGACGCAUCAUCAGACCUGAUAAACAUUUAUCACUCCAACAAAGAUAUCUGUGUAGAGCAGGAAAGGCUCGUGCUGAUGAAAUUUCGAGAUUAUCUGCACAGGCUUAUCACGCGUGGAAACAUAAAAGCUGAAGCGGAUACAAACGAGUUCAAAGGGAAUCUGUUGACAACAUAUUGCAAAACAUGCAACUGAAUGAUGAGCGGAAGAGAACGGCAUUGGUCCGCAACACUUUCUUUUUGCAAAUUUAAUAACCAAUUAAUAAGGCUCGUUUAAUGGAUGUAAUAAAUUUUGUUGGCAUGGUUGUGGGAAGCAACUUUGAAGAAUAAAGUCAUAAUCCAUAUCCAUUGGUUCUUCUA